GUUGUUUCAUUGAAACAGCAGUUUCUUUAAUCAUUUUUCUUGAUCUGUUUUUUAAAUGUUGUUUGAAACUUGAAGACACCGUAACAUGAGUUUUUUUGCAGACACAUUACGUUCCAGAGAAAGUCAAAGUACGAGUAUUCCGGUGGGACGGAAAGUCCCCAAAUUUGUCCUUUUACGUAGAGUUUACCGCCGCCCAUAGAAUUGAAUAAAACAGUUAUGCAAUUUACAAGCGGCGUCCGGUCUCAUUUAUCGAAUGAUCCAUCAAUUCAAUUCUUGAAGUAACCAGGGGUCACCGCAGAGUAGAGAGUUCCUGAUCCAUUCAAGAUGACGGAUACAAAAUCCCUGAAGCUAAGACGUCGAGGAAAAAAGGGGCGUUUUACAAGAUACAGCAACACCCUUUCCACAAUUAUAGAAGCCAGCAGACCAGAAACAGAAGUAAAGGAAGCACUUGAACACUUCCAAUCAGCGUUUGAAGAGGUACAGACGGCACACGAAGAGUUUGCUGAGCAGAUAGUUGAUGAUGCAGAAUUUGAAAUCGAAGAACGAUGGAUGAACGAAAUCCAUAGUGAGUUCAGCAGGCUAAAGAUUGAAUGUAAGCAGUACUUACACCGAGUAGAGCCUCAGGAAACAUCAACACCGCCCCCCUCCAGUUCAACAUCAACACCGCCCCCCUCCAGUUCAGCAUCAGCACCUUCAUCAUCAGGUACGUCGUCUUUCAAGUUAGAGAAGUUGAAACUUCCAAAGUUCAAGGGAGAUGUUCGAGAAUAUAACAUCUUUAAGACAGACUUCGUGCAUCUUUCCAGUAUCUACACAGAUAGAGAUGCUGUCACUCUACUGAGAAGCUGUUUAGAGGGAAAGCCAGCAGAAAUGUUGAGAGGAGUCAGUGACUAUAAGGCUGCAUGGAAGUUCCUCGAUGCAAUUUAUGGAAGUCACCGGUUCUUAGCUGAUGCUGUGCUUAAUGACAUCAAUACAUUCAGAGCAUUGAGAGAAGGAGAGGAUGGUCGGUUUUGCGAGUUGACACAGCUUGUCCUCCGGAGUCACAACACUAUGAAAGAUGUUGGACACGAAGCAGAUAUGGACAAUCCCCAAGUGCUAGCAACGAUAGAAAAAAAGCUGCACAUUGAAGACAAGAAGGUUUGGUUCCGUCAUCUAAACACGAAGGACUCUGAAGCAUCCGUAUCCAUGCUCAUAGAUUGGAUGACAGGGGAAAUGACUGCAAGAAUCAGAGCUACAGCCCCGAUCAGAGCAGCAAAGACAAGUCAGCAAAUACAUCAUAUCAAGACUGAAGAGAGAGAUUCAACAAGGCCAGAUACAACCAGGCAAGACACAACCUUCCGUACCAAACUUCCGCCAAAGUGUUGGAUCUGCCAAACAGAUACCCAUUGGGUUGAUCAGUGUCAGAAGCUCAUUACUAUGACACAACCAGAGAGGCUUAAGCUAAUGAAGGAGAAUAAAGCCUGCUUCAGUUGCUUGAAGAAAGCAGGCAAGGACCACAGAAUGAGUAACUGUAGAAGGAAAAGGCAGUGCAGUGAAGGUCAGUGUAGAUAUUUUCAUCAUCCCCUUCUACACUUGGACGAAAGGAGUAGCAGUGUAACUGUAGCAUCCAACAUUGCAGUUGCAUCCAAUUAUGCAGAGAGAGAAGCAAUGCUGCCAGUUCUUGAAGCAGCGAUAAUGGGGCAGAAGGGUUCCAGUAAGGUGAAGGGGAACGUCUUGAUAGACUCAGGAUCUCAAGUCAGUGUUAUCAAGCAGUCCGUGGCCGAUAAACUGAAUCUUCAGGGUACUAAAACUGCUAUAACAAUCAAGAAGAUAGGCGGACAGGAAGAUACUGUAGAAACCCAUGUCUACAAAGUUCCAGUCAAAGCUGUAGAUGGUAAUUCGCCAACUUACAUGAUACGAGCAGUAGCUCUACCCUUCAUAAGUGACGUGGAUGAAGUGGACGUUAAAGAAAUAGCAGAAGUACUGAAAAUCGAUCAUCAAAGUAUUCAUCGCAGAGGUGGAGAUAUCGACCUGUUGAUUGGCAUAGAUCAUCCUACCCUUCACACAGGUCAAACACGACAAGCAGAAAAGUUAGUUGCGAGAAAGUCCCCAAUAGGUUGGGUAGUGUUUGGGCCUAAUCAAUCCUCAUCUGCUACUAGCAGGGUCCUCCAUGUCCAGUUAGCAUCACCAGUGGACCUACCUGUAUCAGACUUCUGUAACAUCGAAAGGAAAGAUAGGUGUCUAACACCACCAACAGCAGAGCAGAAACCUACGUUGUGUGUUUUCUCAGAAGCGUCAGAAAGCGUACAUGUAUAUAGAACAUGUGCUUAUUUGAGAUGGCAGCUCACGAACGGACAGUUUCAAACCAAAUUCGUCACAGCUAAGUCGAGAGGAGCUCCCUUGAAAAGGCUCACGAUACCAAGACUAGAGCUACAAGCAUCAGCAAUGGCAACCAGACUAAGUGCGCCGAUCAAGAGAGAGCUGAAGUUGGAUUUGGAAAGGACAAUAUAUUUUGUCGACAACAUGAUCGCAUUAUCGUGGAUCAGAAGUCAAGCCAGAAACUUCAAGCCGUUUGUUUCAGCCAGAAUAGGGGAGAUUCAAACUAACUCAGAUCCACAACAGUGGAAGCACGUGCCUGACCCGUUGAACCCAGCAGAUGACAUUUCAAGGGGUAUAACCAUUGAUAAGCAUGAAGGUAGAUUGAAGAGUGGGCCAGAAUUCAUCUGCUUACCAGAGGAACAGUGGCCUGAAGAAAGAGUUCAACCGGAUCCAGUCGAGAUCGACGAAGAGAAACGCAGCAUCAAGAGAGUCCUCCACAUAACUGAAGCGGAGGUAAUAGAUUGUUCAAGAUUCUCAAGCUGGAGGAGACUUGUACGGGUAACGGCCUACAUACUGAGAUUUGUUCGCCAAUUGAAGUCCAGAGUUCGGAAGAAGCAGGAUGAAGCUACAGCAACCGACACAUCGUUGACGCCAAAUGAGCUUGAUGAUGCCGAGACCCAAUGGAUUCAACACGCUCAGAAAUCGUUACGCGAGAGAUUGAAGUCUGUGGAUCUGAAAUCACCGAGUCCGUUCAUAGAGAAGGAAGUAGUCCGUGUAGGAGGGAGAGUCGACAAAGGUUCAAUGUCAUAUGAAGAUAAGCACCCCAUUCUCCUACCGCGUAACCAACUAAUCUGCUUUCUUAUCACGUGUCAUUUCCAUGACAAGGGUCAUGAUGGAGUAGCGUCGAUAGUGGCUAAAGUCAGAAGGAGAUAUUGGAUCAUAAGGGGCAUAGGUUAGCUAAAACCAUCAAAUACAGGUGUGUUGAGUGUCGAUCCAGAGUACAAGAUCGAAAGUCAAAAGAUAGCAGAUUUGCCAACAGAGAAAGUGGCCCCAUUUACCCCACCAUUUCAU